CUUUGCAGAUCCUGCUAGCUAGCGGGUGGAAAGCGACCGCCCAGCACAACCCCUCCGGCCUCUGUAGCUACUUUCACUGCGACUAAGGCGAGGGAGGAGCGCGAGGACCCCAGGAGAAUGCAGCGCCCACUGUGGUCUGGGGGAUCCGGGGGCCUCCAGCUGCUCCUCUGUUUCGUGCUGCUGAACAGCUGCCCAGGGUGCUGCAGCGACAUUAGUCCCCACGAUGGGCAAGGCCAGGCAGAAGUGGGGCAGCUCUGGCCCCUGAAAGGAUUUACUGCUCCAUUCUUCCGUCACCUACAAGUUCUACUCCACCAGCUUGUACCCCAAGGUCUGUUCUGGAAGGAUGACAUCGUUCAGGAUCUGAUGACCCAAAAUAUGGAGCACAUGAGCAGAUUCUACCCCCAAGGUCCACAUCUGAAGUGUGGGGAGGCAGUUCUCCCUCCUAAAACCACAGGAGUGAGGGGCAAGCAAGAGGAGAAACUUCGACUCUUAGUGCCCAAGAGCCCAAUGCCUAAAGUGAAUAGAGACCAGUGCUUUUCCUCCAAAGUGGUUUCAAAGACCCUGAAACAAGAGGUGACCAAGAAUGCCAGGGGCUUCUUUGGGCCAUUCCCCACAGUGGGCCGCAACCUGGUCGCUGAUUGAGACCUUGUGUGAAGCCUCUUCGCCCCAGUGCCCCCCUAUUGCCCUUCAGAGGGGCAGUUCUUGGAUGACUCAAGUCUGGACCAUUAAAAUGGAUUUUCAUGCAAA